AUGACUUUAAAUUACAUUAGGAACUUUUACGAGGGAUGUCUCAGGCCUCCAACGGUGAUUGGCCAGUUCCACACACUGUUCUUUGGCUCUGUGCGUAUGUUCUUUCUCGGGGUGCUGGGAUUUGCUGUCUAUGGCAAUGAAGCUCUCCACUUCAGCUGUGAUCCUGACAGGAGAGAGUUAAACCUCUAUUGUUACAACCAGUUCCGACCCAUAACACCUCAGGUAUUUUGGGCUUUACAGCUAGUCACUGUUUUGGUCCCAGGAGCAGUGUUUCAUCUCUAUGCUGCCUGUAAAAAUAUUGACCAAGAGGAGAUCCUUCAGCGGCACAUCUACACGGUGUUCUACAUCAUCUCUGUGCUCCUCAGAAUCAUCCUGGAGGUCAUAGCCUUUUGGCUUCAGAGCCACCUCUUUGGGUUCCAGGUCGACCCGCUUUACACGUGUGACGCUCGUGCCCUGGAUAAAAGAUUCAGUGUAACCAAGUGUAUGGUCCCAGAGCACUUUGAGAAGACCAUCUUCCUCAGUGCCAUGUAUACCUUCACCGUCAUCACCGUGCUUCUCUGCGUAGCUGAGAUAUUCGAGAUCCUCUCUCGAAAGUUGGGCUACUUAAAUCACUCCAUGACUUGA